UCAUGAGUGCCCUUCUGCGACGCAUGGUGCUUCCUUCAAAGAGUUUGUCAUAUUCGCGACUGCUUGCCGCACAUUAUUCUGCGAAAUCUGGCUCAAAAGAGUUUAUUGAGGCAAUUGUAAAAGACAAACCUGUUGUUGUGUUCAUGAAAGGCACUCCCGAGACUCCUCGAUGUGGCUUCAGCAAUGCUGUUGUACAGAUCUUGCACGUUCACGGAGUGAAUCAAUAUGAUGCACACAAUGUCCUCGCAGAUGAAGAUAUGAGACAAGGUGUCAAAGAUUACACUGAAUGGCCUACUAUACCACAAGUUUUCUUUGGAGGUGAAUUUAUUGGUGGCUGCGACAUUUUAUUUGAGAUGCACAAAAGUGGAGAAUUAAUUGAAGAACUUAAAAAAGUAGGAAUUGAAUCAAAACUGGAGUACAUGGAUAAUGACAAUGACGAUACGAAAAAAGACUGAUGAUUCUACAAACUUUUUCUAAUACAUGCAAAUUUCAGAGGACUACAAACAUACACUUUGACAAGAAGGCAGAUGAUAAGUCAAAAUUUGAAUUGUCUUGAAAUUUUGCUCUUUAAAAUCUAUCUUUUGUUUUUUUGAGUGUUUUUAUUAUAUGUAUUACUGUGAUUGUCAAACAACAUUGCAUGCUUUGAAGCCAAAAACAUGCAUGAUAUCAGUGUUACAGUGUUUGCUUCUUUAACAGAUACAUUUCAUAGUUUUGAUAAUUUUUUUGUGAUAGUCAUAAAAUAGAGUUAUAUAUAUAUAUAAUUAUAUAAUGAAGUGUGGAAAUUAUGAUAUUUUGAUGAGCACAUACUUUGUCAAUAUUGACUGGCUUGUAUGACAUUUUGAUUACUUUGUUCAGAUAUUUUCUUGCCCACUUUCAUCAGAUAUAUGACCAGCGUACCAUUGUCUGUUGAUAAAAGUAUGAUACAGUUUUAAAACAUACAGUGUGAUAUGAUAGUCAGAUUUACAGGAUAUUUGAGUGGUAGACUAUAACCAGAGCAUAAAAGAGGUACUUGUUUUUUUAUCAGAUAUGAAAACGCUUUGGCUGAACAUCCAGAUCUUACAGGUUUUCAUUGAGUACUUUGGUUACCUUCCACAUUUAGACUCCCUGUGUACUUCAUUUUUAGCCAGAAUGAAUAUUAAUAUAAAUUUAUAUACUUUAUUUCAAGAUCAUUAUAAAAUUAAGUUUAUGAUGAGUUCAAUUUAAAUUUGGCUUUAAGGGUAUGUUCACUCAGGAUUUAAUAAUUUACAUUAUAAUACUGAAGUAGACAAGUUGAUUCAGUUAGGGCUGUCUUAAUAUACAUUGUCAAUAUUUAAAUGUAUGCAGACUUGAAUUAUUGCACAAUGAAUGACAGAAAUAAUCCAAUGUCAUGCAUCACCAUUUUGUUGGUUUCUCGAUAUGACCAGGUAUAGGAAGAAACUUACAACCUAAAGAAGACAUUUUGACAUAUUAAGCACAAACUUAAUAUCUUAAACAAUUCUAUGUAGUAAAUAAUGAAAUUUAUAUUUUAACAAAAUUCUAACCAGUUUCAUAUGAAACAUGAGUAUACAUGUAAAUAUAUCCAAGCUUAAAUGAUGUUUUAUAAGCAUAAUAAAUGUUCAGUUUGAUCAAUACACAGUAGAAGCUGCUUGUG